UGUGCACUGUCAAAACACCGAAUUUAGAGAUACAAUCAGUCGUCUGCACCACCACCACCUCCGCCAUUUUCUUCCGAUGCUCCGAUGUUCCUUGAUGAUCGGCAAACACUUGUUUGUAGAACGGGCAGACGCCUCCCGAUAGCGUUAUGCAAUUCCAAUAUUCUCAUUGGCCUCUCCACUGCAAUUCGUUAGGGUUCACCCGUUCAAUCUUUAUUUCUGAUAAUUCAGAGCCUUUUCAACGGAGCUUCGAUCUCCCAGGAUUAGGUUUAGGAGUAGGUUUUCAAACGGAAUGGAAACAUCUGGUCUUAGUUCAGACGCUCACAGAGGUUCUUUGGCAAGCACCAGUACUAGUGAUCAUCAUUAUCAUCAUUCCAGAAGAAACAAUGGAAACAACCAUUUCUCCGCUUCAAAUUUCUUUCGUUCACCUGUAUCUGCAUUCUUGGAGUAUAUGGGCAUAUUGCAAACGCAGCGUACUAGUCAUUCUGAGUCUUCAGACAGUUUGAUCAAUGAUGAGAACACUCAGAAUGAUUCCCCUGGAUCUGGGGAUGAGGAAGUAUCUAUUAGAAUCAUUGGUAGUGGAGAACAAGGGCAGGACAGGGAUGGGGGAGGAGCUUCUUCUUCGACAAUUGGACAAAUUAGGGAAGGAACAGCUAUACAGAAUGAGUCAUUGCUUCAGUCAAUUUCUAGAACGGCUUCUGCAGCGACAAUGGAUACUCAGGGAGAUUCUAGGAGUGAUGGUGUCAGUGCUAGUAUCAGAGGUGCUAUGGAUUCUGUGAGUGGGAAUGUGGAUUCGGAGGCUGCAGAAGGCGUUGGGGUUAACAAUAGCCGGGACUCUUCAUACCAGAGAUAUGAUAUACAGCAGGCUGCCAGAUGGGCGGAGCAGGUCCUUCCAUUCACUUUGUUGCUGUUGGUGGUCUUCAUUCGGCAACACUUGCAAGGGAUUACAGGUUUUUUUGUCACAAUCUGGAUUACUGCUUUUAUGUUCAAGUCAAAUGAUAUUCUUCGCAGGCAGACAGCUCUGAAGGGAGAGAGGAAGAUAUUAGUUCUAGCAAGCAUUUCUCUUUUGUUUACACUUCAUGUGGCUGGGGUUUACUGGUGGUAUCGUAAGGAUGAUCUCCUGUAUCCAUUGGUCAUGCUCCCUCCAAAAAGUAUACCACCUUUCUGGCAUGCAAUAUUCCUAGUAAUAGUAAAUGAUACUCUAGCCAGACAAGCAGCAAUGGUGCUCAAGUGUUUUCUGUUAAUGUACUACAAGAAUAGCAGAGGUAGAAAUCGCCGAAAGCAGGGUCAAAUGCUAACUUUAGUUGAGUACCUAUUGCUGCUGUAUCGUGUGUUGCUGCCUGCUCCAGUAUGGUAUCGCUUCUUUUUGAACAAAGAAUACGGAAGCCUAUUUUCAUCACUAAUGACUGGACUAUAUCUGACAUUCAAGCUCACUUGUGUUGUUGAGAAGGUCCAGUCAUUGAUUUCAGCUAUAAAGGCGUUGUCACGUAGAGAGAUUCAUUAUGGCGCUUAUGCAACAUCUGAACAGGUGAAUGCACCUGGUGAGCUUUGUGCCAUUUGCCAAGAAAAAAUGCAUUCUCCAGUUGUGCUUCGUUGUAAACAUGUCUUCUGUGAAGAAUGCGUGUCAGAGUGGUUUGAAAGGGAAAGGACGUGUCCGUUAUGCAGAGCGUUGGUGAGAGCUGCAGAUCUGAGAUCGUUUGGCGAUGGGUCUACCACUUUAUAUUUUCAGUUGUUCUGAAACACAUGAUCAUCAGCAUCAGCAUCAUCAUCAUCAUCAUCAUCAGCAUCAGCAUCAGCAUCAGCAUCAGCAUCAGCAUCAGCAUCAUCUUCAGCAUCAUCAUCAUCAUCAUCAUCUGCUUGGUGUUGUAUGUAAGGCAUUUUACCAGUUUUCAAACUCAUUUCAUUUCAUGUACAUGUAUGUAUGUAACUCACUUAUGCAUCUAUAAUGUAAUUUGAUGCAUACAUUUUUGGAACACGGUAGUUCUCUUUUUACACGAAAUCAUUUUUUCUCUUUGUACUUCUAGGGGACUAUGAUGAAGAACAAUUC